CUCUCAUUGGGGCACUGCAUAAAAAGUUUUCUAAUAAAAGUAAUAGAUUGUUCAAUUGCUUGGGUCCAUCCUUCGCAGUUGGGUAUAGUGGGUCCAUUCAAUUGCAUUUUUUACUUAUAGUUGGGUAUAGUUGGAUAUUUUGGAGUGUGGUGAUUUGGGUAUUUCGAAAUCGCGAUUUGGGGAUAAACAUUUUGGAGUGCCUGCAAAUCAAAUUUGGGUGAACCAGAACAGAGAGGAUGAGGAUCUCCUGCAACGUCAAGCUCGAACAGAGAAAAGAGGGAGAACAAAGAGAACCCGAAAACAUAUAUGGGGAAGAAUAAAGUUGCUCCCCUAGCAAUCCUUUUGCGCGAGCUCCAAGACUCCCAAGCCGCCUUAAGUUGGGGUUUCCGCGAAGAAGAGGAAGGCAAACAAAAUUGGGGAAAAAAUUCUUCAGUGUUUAAAAAGGAAAAACAGAGCCAGCAAAAAAAGGCCGUGGGAGGAUUCUCCAUUAAUGCUUCUUCAACCAGGGGCUUCGACGGCAAAAUUACACUCUCCGUUCUCAUCACUUGCUCUUCAAACCCUAACUCAGAAUUUUUUAAUCACUGCCACUGCCACAUCAACUGCCACGUUACGCAGAAAUGCAGAAAUUAUUUGAACAUGGAUGGAGCAUCACAAAGUUGAGUUACAAAAUAAGAAUUGCAACCCAAAUGCCUUAAGCAUCUAAGGAAUGGGAUUUUGAAAAGGAAGCUUACAAGGGAUGAGGCUAUAAAGCCAGAUGAAGGGACACAUCCUUGGUGUUGCAAAGAACUCAGCACACUCAAACACUGAUCUCUGAAAGGGAAGAUCAGGAAUACAAUUGUUGCUAACAUCAAGAACCCCUCUCUGAAUCAGCAUCCUACAGAAUGGCCCCACAUGUGUGAAAUAGUUAUCUGAUAAUGAAAAGUUGACCAAAUUCACCAACCCUGCACACACCACUUCUGGCACCAUGCCAUACAAAAGAUUACCACCCAAAUUGAGCACCUCCACCUUCUGAAGACAGCUCAAAGAUAAAGGCAAAGGGCCUGUCAAUUGGUUGUUCCCAGCAUCAAACACUGUGGACUCUUGAAGAAAACCAAUCUCGUAAGGCAAACAACCUGUUAACUGGUUGUUAAGUAGUAACACUUCACUUAGAGAGGCCAAAGCCUUGGGAAGACUUCUUGGGAUAGGACCCAUGAACUUGUUGUUUGCUAAGGUGAGUAAGAGAAUCUGAGUGGUGGCUAAGUUAUCAGGCAACCCUUGAGUGAAGAUGUUGUUGUUUAUGAAAAGGACUUGGAGGUUCUGUAUGAAUAUCUGUGGUGGCACUGCCCCAGAGAAAAAGUUGAACCUCAAGUCCAAGAAUGUUAAACCAGUCAUGCCCAGAACAGCAGAGGGAAAUGGACCAGAUAACUGAUUGUUGCUAACAUCAAGCUCAUAUAGGUAAGGGAGUUUGGCUAUUUGGGGUGAGAUUGUGCCACCAAAACUGUUGGAAUUGGCAUGGAAGAGAGCAAUGUCAGGGAGGUUAUCAAUGAAGCCAUCAAGGGUGGAAGCAGCAAGCUGAAAACCAUUGAAGUCAACAGAGGCCAAAGCAGUGGCAGAAGUGUUGUCAGGAGGAGUGUCACAGUAGAAGCCUCUAUAGCUGCAUAUGUCUGAUCCAACCCAAGUGUUGGUCACCCCCAGAGGAUCAGAAGUGAUGGAAGAUUUGAACUUUUGGAUUACUGGAUACACUACUUGAAGUCUUUGGUCUGCAAAAACAAGAGGGGGUGAAGCUGGAACUGCUUGAAUGGUAGUAGAUUUUUUACAUGGGGUGGUGUUGCUGUGGUUGCAACCUUUGGCUGAGCCACCACCACUACCAGUACCUUUGCUCCUGUGGCCACUGCUACUACUUCUUCUGAGAUUCUUUGUGUCUGUGUUAACAUGAUGUGGUGACAUGUGCACAGGAAGAGACACCAAGAAGAUGUACAAAAUUGUGACCAACAAUUUUGCAGGAAUGCUACUCAUGUUGUCUGCUUUCUCCUCAACUCUACACACUUUGUUUGGUUUUGAAGCAAAGUAGGCAGAAAGAGGUGCAGCUUAUGUUAGGACAACUUUCAUCAAACACUUAAUGCUCAAUAAGCAAAAUGAUUGGGCAUAUAAUAAUCCAAACAAUUGUGUUUCGUCACAUGCUCGUCAUAUUUCAUUCUCACACAUCAUAUUUACGAAAUCGAUU